GGCGUGUCGGGGGGCGGGGCUCCCGCGCGCGCAGCAUUCAAACGGCAACGGCAGCGGCGCUGGCUUCGCAGCGAUGGAAGCCCUCAGGUCCCAAAACAACGUGGAGCGCAAGGAGAAGCCGGAUCCGGGCUCGGCUUCCGUCACCAUCCCGGCCUCCCCCUUCAUGCAGAAGCUCGGGUACGGCACCGGGGUGAACGUCUACCUGAUGAAGAGGUCCCCCCGGGGUUUAUCUCGCUCCCCGUGGGCUGUGAAGAAAAUCAACCCCAAGUGCAACAGGAACCAGCAGAGCCUCUACCAGCAGAGGCUGAACGACGAGGCCAAGAUCCUGAAGAGCCUCCAGCACCCGAACAUCGUGGGUUACCGCGCCUUCACCGAGGCCAACGACGGAAGCAUGUGUCUCGCCAUGGAGUACGGAGGGGAAAAAUCCCUCGGCGACUUAAUCGAGGAAAGGAACACGGCUCGCCUGGGCCCCUUCCCCGCCGCCACCAUCCUCAAAGUGGCCCUGAGCAUGGCGAGGGGGCUGAAGUAUCUUCACAACGACAAGAAGCUGCUCCACGGGGAUAUCAAGUCUUCAAACGUGGUCAUUAAAGGCGACUUCGAAGCCGUGAAGAUCUGCGACGUGGGAGUCUCCCUGCCCCUGGACGAGAACAUGACGGUGAGCGACCCGGAGGUGUACUACAUCGGCACCGAGCCCUGGAAGCCCAAGGAGGCUCUGCAGGACGACGGCGUGAUCACCGACAAGGCCGACAUCUUCGCUUUCGGGCUGACUCUCUGGGAGAUGAUGACCCUGUCCGUGCCCCACCUCAACCUGGGCAGCGGCACCGACGACGAAGAUGAGUCCUUUGACGAAGACGACUUCGACGAGGAGGCGUACUACGCAGCCCUGGGAACGCGGCCAGCCCUGAACAUGGAGGAGCUGGACCCGUCCUACCAGCACGUGAUCGAGCUCUUCUCCAUCUGCACCAGCGAGGAGCCGCAGAAGCGCCCCUCGGCCGCUCACAUCGUGGCAGCCCUGGAAGCGAGCCUGCCCCCGCAGUGACGGCCCCGGCUCCCUUGUAGGGGCAGCUGAGCCCUGGGGUGGUGCUGAGCUCCGCGGUGCUGCUGCCAGAGCUCAGGGCCUCCACGCAGAGGAGUGAGGCCGUUCCCGUAGUGUGUGCCCUCCUAGUUUGUGAAACCUGCUCUCUGUUAAGAGCCUAAACGCGUUAAGCAGUAGCCCGUUUUGGCACUAGUUUAAGGAUGUGCCCGAGGUGACCGGAGCUCGCUCUGGUUCUGAGCACUUAAGUCUUUGAUAAGCUCCAUGCUCCGUGCAAUGCCCCGGAGAGGCGUUUCUUAAGCGUCCUGGUAGUUGUUUAAGAACCUUCCCUGUCGGUGUUUAACUUAACCCUGUCUCUGGUUGAUGUUUGUGACGGAUGUUGAAAGUAAUUUGUUCUCUAACCCG